AUGGAGGAGUCCCGGGGGCCCCCGGCGCUGCUGGUGCUGCUCGCGGCCAUCGCCGCCCUGGGCGCGACCCCCGCCCCGGCCGCGACCCCCGCCCCGCCCGGUCUGUCGUUCCUGGAGCAGCCCCAGAACACGAGUGGGGCCGUGGGGAGUUUCAGGGGUCUGUCGUUCCUGGAGCAGCCCCAGAACACGAGUCUGUCGUUCCUGGAGCAGCCCCAGAACACGAGUCUGUCGUUCCUGGAGCAGCCCCAGAACACGAGUGGGGCCGUGGGGGGCCCGGUGUGGCUGCGGUGCCGCGUGGGGGGGUCUGGGGAGCCCCCCGAGCUGGGCUGGCUCCGUGACGGGGCCUGGCCCUGCCCGGGGGGCUCUGGGUGGCCACCAGCAGCCUCAGGCUGUCCCAGGCGCAGCCCCCGACGCGGGCCGGUACCGCUGCUGGGCAGGGCGGGGUCUCUCAUCGUGUCCCACGAGGCCCACCUGGAGCUGGCAGGGCUCCCCGUGUUCGUGGAGGAGCCCCAGGACGUGGAGCUGGGGGUGUCCACGCCGUUCUCGCUGCGCUGCAGCGCCCGCGGCCCCGAGCCGGUUCGGCUGCUGUGGCUGCGCGAGGGGACCCCCUGCACGACCCCGGGACCCCCUGGCCAGGAGCCCCUCCGUGCUCAGCCUGCCUGGCCCCCCUCAGUGGUGCCGCAGAGCCCCCAGAAGCUGGUGCUGGUGCGGGGGCCGCGCUGGCUCGAGGUGUCCUGGGAGCCGGGGCCGAGUGGGGAGACUCCCUGGAGACCUGCGGUGGGCGCUGCCGAGGACCUGAGCCGGGUGCCCCCCGGGGGUCUCUACAACCGGGUGGUCGCGGUGCCCCCGUUCAGCCACCGCAUCGGGGGGCUCCGCCCCUUCACCCCCUACCGGGCCCGCGUGUCCUGCCGGAGCCCCCCCGGCCCCUCCGCGUGGACCCCCUGGGUGCCCAUGGCCACCACCGAGGGGGGUGAGUGGGGAUUUGGGGACCCCCCUGGGACCCCCUGGGUGCUCCAAGGGACCCCUGGGUGCCUGUGCCACCACCGAGGGGUGAGUGGGGAUUUGGGGACCCCCUGGGUGCCCAUGGCCACCACCGAGGGGGCUCGGGGCCCCGAGAACGUGACGGCCGAGCUGGAGGGGGCAGGGCCCGGGUGCGCUGGGGACCCCCUGGGGACCCCUCAGUGGGGUGCUCAGGGGUACAGGCUGAGCUACAGCACCGACCCCCACCACCAGGAGGUUCUGGACGUGGGGUUGGCUCAGGAGGCCACGCUGGAUUUGGGGUCCCCCCUGCACAACGUGACCCUCCGCGUGGCCCCCUACACUGGGGACGGGCCCUGGAGCCCCCUGCUGCUGCUGCUGCCCCCUGGAGAGGCCCCACUGGAGACACAUCUGGUGCGGCCGGCGGUGCCCGGGGGUUGGUGGCCGGCGCUGGUGGCUCUGGUGGCCGUGGGGACGCUGGCGCUGGGGGCGCUGGCCGUGGUGGCCGCGCGGCGGCGGCGGAAGGAGACGCGGUUCGGGGCCGCGUUCGCUCCCACCGUUCGUUUCCGGGUGCGCAGCUCCUACGGCCGCCGCUCGGCACAGGCCACCCUGAACCGUCUGGGCAUCAGCGCGGAGCUGAAGGAGAAGCUGCGGGACGUGCUGGUCGAGCGGCACCGCGUGGCCCUGGGCAAGACCCUGGGCGAGGUGGGUUUCGGCUCGGUGGUGGAGGGGCAGCUGCACCAGGAGGGCGGAGUGCUCAGGGUGGCCGUGAAAACCAUGAAGAUCGCCAUCUGCUCGCGGGGAGCUGGAGGAUUUCUGAGCGAGGCCGUUUGCAAAGAGUUCGACCACCCCAACGUCAUGAAGCUCAUUGAGCUGGGGGGCUCAGGGGGUGUCCCUGCAGAGCUGGGGGCCGAGGGGCUCCCCGCCCCCAUCGUCAUCCUGCCCUUCAUGAAACACAGGGACCUGCACAGCUUCCUGCUCUGCGCCCAGCCUCGGGGACCCCCAGGGCGCUGCCCCCGCACCCUGGUGGGGUUCAUGUGGGACAUCGCGGCCGGGAUGAGUUACCUGGGGAGGUGUCUGGCAGGAACUGUGCACCGGGACCUGGCGGCUCGGAACUGCAUGCUGGACGAGCACCUGCGGGUGCGGGUGGCGGAUUUCGGGCUCUCCAAGCAGGUGGGGGGGUCCCAGUACUACCGGCAGGGCCGGGGGGCCCCCGUGCCCGUCAAGUGGGUGGCCCUGGAGAGCCUGGCUGACCGCGUGUACACCACCAAGAGCGACGUGUGGUCCUUCGGGGUGACCAUGUGGGAAAUCGCCGCCCGGGGUCUGACCCCGUACCCGGGGCUGGAGAACAGCGAGGUCUUCGAGUACCUGCGGGGGGGGCAUCGCCUGGGGGCCCCCCCACAGUGCCCCCCGCACCUGUACUCUCUGAUGCUCCGCUGCUGGGCCGCCGACCCCGGGACCGCCCGACCUUCGAGGAGCUGGGGGGCUCUGGGGGCUAGCCCUGCAGGUCUCCCCCCUGCCCGACCCCCGCCGCCCCCACGGACCCUCUACGUCAACAUGGCCGAGGGGGAGGGGCGGCCAGAGGGUGGGGAGGGCUCCGGCAGAGCCCCCUCCCUCGCCCCUCCCCCGGGCGUUACGUGCUCUGCCUGA